AUGUUAUUUCAACUCAUCACUAGCACUCUCCUCACCGGAGCCUUCACUGUCGCCGCAGCCCAAGAUCCAAAUGAUUGCGACGUUACGUGCCAAACCGGGUACCGCCAAGCCCUGACUGGUGAAAUCAGCCAAUGGGUCAACCAGAAUGUAACUACGGAUGACUUCUACUCCAACCCGGCCAACCUCUCUUCAUACUCUGCUGGUGACCUCGUCAAAUGGGACGACGUGCCUUCUGACCAGGUUUCUAGCAGAUGGACUCUGCCCGGCGGAGUAUCUAUGUCCCGAUUCUUCUAUAUGUCCGAAGACAUUGACGGAAAGCCUAUCCCCGCCACAGGAUUUGUCAUUGUUCCCUACACGAACCCUCUUGGGAAGGAUAAGCCGUUUCGUACAGUUGUCUGGACCCAUGGAACAGCUGGCGGUACCCGGCAAUGUGCGCCAUCAAACCAUAAGGCUCUCUACUAUGAGUGGCGGGGCCCCUUUGCUCUCAGUCAGCAAGGCUAUGUUGUUAUUGCUCCUGACUAUACGGGCCAGGGUAGUGACAUUCCUCAAGGCUUUAUGUAUGAGGCUGGAGCUCUGCACGCUGCAGAUGUUAGCUUUGGCUUAAAGGCAGCACGAACAGUCUUGGGUGAUCGAAUUACUCAGGAGUGGGUUGUUGUUGGUCACAGUGAGGGUGGCUUGAGCGCAUGGCGAACUUGCGAGCGUGAGGCAAAGCCCGGUAAAGCUACAGGUGGAUUCCUGGGUGCCGUUGCGCUUGCCCCGGCCCUGCAGCCUAUCAAAUUGAUCCCCGAGGCCUUCCGUCUGGCAAAUGGUGGACCAGUUGGAGAUGUUAACUCCAUCUUUCUUCUUCAGUCAUUUGCAAAACUCUACCCCUCAAUUAAGCCCGAUGAUUACUUUACCGAUACUGUCCUUAGCCGAAUUCCUCUCUCCGAGCAAGGAUGUGUUGGCACGGGAUCUGCCCUCUACAGCGGUCUCACUGAAAAGCAGCUUUACAAGAACUCCAGCUGGCUUGCACACCCCGAUUUUGUGGACUGGCAGAAGCGAUACAACGGCGCAGGACUACAUACUUUGGCUGCUCCCAUGCUAGUUCUCCAAGGCGAGGCCGACGAAAGGGUUUACGCUAAUUAUACAGAGGAGGAUGUCAAUGCUACGUGCAAGGAGUUUCCGGAAUCCACUCUUGAGCUCAAGCUGUAUCCUGAUCUCGACCACUUUGUUGUCACCGAAGCUUCCCAGGCUGAUUAUCUUCCCUGGAUUGCGGAUCGCUUCAACAAUGUUACUCUGAGUAAGGGAUGUACGAGAACAGUGGUCACCCCAGCUACCGAGAAGUUUGGUAUCAUUAGCCAAACCUGGGCUGCUACGUCUUAG